UUUACUGUGUCCCCAAUCAAUCGAUUGGUGGGCAGUGCGUCUGCAGGGGUGGUGUCCAAUUAACCGUCACAUCAGGUCAUUGUUCUGUUUCUGGAAGGCAGAGGAUGAUUAUGUCUAAGUCCACUUCAAAGCCUUCCAAACUCUUGGAUUUUAUGUUCUGUGCUGGCUUUGUGUUGGGGUUCUGUCUCUGUUUCAUGGCCAUUGCUUACUACAAAGCAUAUCAGAUCUCUCAGGAGACAGUGCCCUUGCCCUCACGGACCAUCAGCCUCUUGGUCCUCUCGCCUUUGCCCCCCACCCCCUCUUCGGGUCGACUGCUCUGCUGGGUGUGGACCAGAGCUAAACACAUAGUGAACACCUGGGGGCCUCGCUGUGACACACUGCUCUUCAUGAGCUCUAAGCCGGACCUCCUGUUCCCUGGGACCGUGCUGGCUUUGGCAACAGAGGAGGGAAGAGCCAACCUGUACAAUAAGACCAUGGCCGCUUUCAACUUACUGCAUGACGGUUACCUAGACAGGGCUGACUGGUUCCUCAAAGCUGAUGAUGACACCUAUGUAAUUGUGGAAAACUUGCGUCUACUCCUGUCUCGGUUCAGCCCAGACAAGCCUGUGUAUCUGGGCAGACGUUUUCGCCGCUUUGUCCAUCAAGGCUACAUGAGUGGUGGUGCUGGCUAUGUACUGAGCCGCGAGUCUGUGAGACGCUACGUCAGGGCCCUGCACCAUGGAGCCUGCACCCAGUCCACCUCUGCAGAGGACCUACUACUGGGCUUCUGCCACCAGAAGCUGGGAGUCCCGGCAGGGGACUCUAGAGACCACCAACACAGGGAAACAUUCCACCCCCUGUGGCUGGGUAAACUUCUCUGUACCGAAGACAUACUGCCCAAAUGGUUCCACCAGUACAACUAUUACCCUUCCAAAGUGGGUCCAGACUGUUGCUCCAAUUCAUCUGUAUCCUUCCAUUACGUUGAGCCAGUCAGAAUGUACAUGCUAGAUUACUUCCUGUACCAUCUCAGUCCAGUGGGGGGCCACAACCCAAAGCUGGGUGAGACCAGAGAGGAAUAAGCAGAGACCCCUUUCUAUGGAUUUGACAGUGACAUCCCUGAUAAUAAAUAAUAAUAUACAUGCUCGCACUGUAAUUAAUGAUGUCAUUCUCUUGUAAAGAGUUGUCUUGCAAACAUUAAAACCAAUGUUGUUACUAAACUCUUUAAGGUCCAUGCUAGUUCAAACCAAUUCAUCAUGAUCUCGUCUGGAUAGUUGCCUAGUUACAGUAUGUAUUCAUAAAUUGAGUCUGUCAUUAGUCAGAGAUUUUAUUAAAUACUAUUCUAAUUCCUAAUUAUAUGGUUAAAAUGCUGUCUUCCAGUGACAUAUUAUGUUAGCUGAGGUUCCAAAUUGGUGGGUGCGAUGUAAUAAAUAAUAAUUGAACCUCAACCCGGAUAGUUUGAACUGUAUAAGAGGCCCCUUAGAGCAGAUCACUGAAGCGUUACUGGCCAUUUGAUUGAUGUUUUAUUCUCCAACGCAGGUCUGUUGCGUCAUUGUUUCAGAAUAUAUGAUAAGAGCUCUCAUUUUCAAUGUCUACAGCAGCAUCAGCUAACAUAUUUUUUGUAGAUCUAUGGGCAAGCUGCAAGAUCUGAACAGAACCUAACAUUCUGGCUUGUAUAUUGGCCUUUUUAACACUCAAGUUAUAUUGACAAUGUCUUGAUAAAUUGUAGACUAAACAAAAUUAUAAACGCAACAUGUAAAGUGUUGUUCCCAUGUUUCAUUAGCUGAAAUUAAAGAUCCCAGCCAUUUUCCAUAUGCACAAAAAA